AUGACGGCCCCUGCUCAGCCCAAGAAAAUCGUGGCCCCUACGGUGUCCCAGAUCAACGCGGAGUUCGUGACUCAGUUAGCAUGUAAAUACUGGGCUCCCCACAUCAAGAAAAAAUCACCUUUUGAUAUAAAGGUGAUUGAAGAUAUAUAUGAGAAAGAAAUUGUCAAAUCAAGGUUUGCCAUCAGAAAGAUAAUGCUCUUGGAAUUUAGCCAGUAUCUUGAAAAUUACCUCUGGAUGAAUUAUUCUCCAGAAGUGUCCAGCAAAGCCUAUUUAAUGUCAAUCUGCUGUAUGGUGAAUGAGAAGUUCAGAGAAAAUGUCCCUGCAUGGGAGACUUUUAAGAAGAAGCCAGAUGACUUCCCAUUCUUUUUCAAGUGUAUCUUGACAGCGGCAUUAGCUGGAACUGAUGGUGAAUUUUCACUCCAUGAACAGACAGUCUUACUGCUUUUUCUUGAUCAUUGCUUCAAUAGUUUGGAAGUAGACUUGAUACGGAGUCAAGUACAGCAGCUUAUCUCCCUCCCAAUGUGGAUGGGCUUACAACCUGCACGAUUGGAAUUAGAAUUAAAAAAGACACCUAAACUAAGAAAAUUCUGGAACUUGAUUAAAAAGAAUGAUGAAAAGAUGGAUCCAGAAGCAAGAGAACAAGCCUAUCAAGAAAGAAGAUUUCUUUCACAACUCAUCCAGAAGUUUAUCUCUGUGCUGAAAUCAGUCCCACUUUCUGAACCUGUCACUAUGGACAAAGUUCAUUACUGUGAAAGAUUUAUUGAACUUAUGAUUGAUCUAGAGGCCCUACUCCCCACAAGACGCUGGUUUAAUACCAUCCUGGAUGACUCCCACCUUUUGGUUCACUGUUACCUUUCCAAUCUUGUUCGUAGAGAAGAGGAUGGCCAUCUUUUUUCCCAGCUUUUGGACAUGCUUAAGUUCUAUACUGGUUUUGAGAUUAAUGAUCAGACUGGAAACGCUCUGACAGAGAAUGAGAUGACUACGAUUCACUAUGAUAGAAUUACUUCUCUACAGAGAGCUGCUUUUGCACAUUUCCCCGAACUCUAUGAUUUUGCCCUCUCAAAUGUUGCAGAAGUAGAUACUCGGGAAUCCUUGAUCAAGUUUUUUGGACCUCUUAGUUCAAAUACACUCCACCAGGUGGCAUCAUACCUCUGCUUGUUACCAACUCUUCCUAAAGGUGAAGACACAACUUCUGAUAAAGAAUUUCUUCUAGAAUUGUUGGUAUCGCGUCAUGAGCGUCGAAUUUCUCAGAUUCAGCAGUUGAACCAGAUGCCUUUGUAUCCAACCGAGAAAAUCAUAUGGGAUGAAAAUAUUGUCCCAACUGAGUACUACUCUGGGGAAGGUUGUCUUGCUCUUCCCAAGUUGAAUUUGCAGUUUUUGACUCUUCAUGAUUACCUCCUAAGGAACUUUAAUCUCUUCCGCUUAGAAUCAACUUAUGAAAUUAGGCAGGACAUCGAGGAUAGUGUCAGCAGAAUGAAGCCAUGGCAGUCUGAGUAUGGCGGGGUGGUAUUCGGUGGCUGGGCGCGAAUGGCCCAGCCCAUCGUGGCGUUCACCGUGGUGGAGGUUGCCAAACCCAGCAUAGGCGAGAACUGGCCAACCCGGGUUCGCGCAGACGUCACCAUCCAUCUGAACGUCAGAGACCACAUCAGAGAUGAGUGGGAAGGACUUCGGAAGCAUGAUGUAUGCUUUUUAAUCACCGUGCGUCCCACAAAACCUUAUGGUACCAAGUUUGACCGGAGGAGACCUUUUAUUGAACAGGUUGGCCUGGUUUAUGUCAGAGGCUGUGAAAUCCAGGGCAUGCUGGAUGAUAAAGGGCGUGUCAUUGAAGACGGACCUGAACCCAGACCCAAUCUUAGAGGAGAAUCAAGGACAUUUAGAGUGUUUUUGGAUCCAAACCAGUAUCAACAAGAUAUGACCAAUACGAUACAAAAUGGAGCAGAAGAUGUGUAUGAAACUUUCAAUAUAAUAAUGAGGAGAAAACCGAAGGAAAAUAACUUUAAGGCUGUGCUGGAGACGAUUCGGAACCUGAUGAAUACUGAUUGUGUGGUACCUGACUGGCUGCAUGACAUCAUUUUAGGUUACGGGGAUCCAAGUAGUGCACAUUAUUCCAAAAUGCCCAAUCAGAUCGCCACCCUUGAUUUCAAUGAUACGUUUUUCUCCAUUGAGCAUUUAAAAACCAGCUUUCCUGGUCAUAAUGUUAAAGUAACUGUGGAUGACCCAGCUCUACAGAUACCCCCUUUCAGGAUAACUUUUCCAGUAAGAAGUGGAAAGGGGAAGAAAAGGAAAGAUGCAGAGAAGGAAGAUGAAGACACUGAAGAGGCAAAAACCUUAAUUGUUGAACCUCAUGUUAUUCCUAAUAGAGGUCCAUAUCCGUACAACCAGCCCAAACGGAAUACAAUUCAGUUCACUCAUACACAGAUAGAGGCCAUCCGUGCUGGAAUGCAGCCUGGGCUAACUAUGGUUGUGGGCCCACCAGGUACAGGAAAAACAGAUGUGGCAGUCCAAAUCAUAUCCAACAUCUACCACAAUUUCCCAGAGCAGAGGACUCUGAUUGUUACUCAUUCCAAUCAGGCCCUGAACCAGUUGUUUGAGAAAAUCAUGGCUUUAGACAUUGACGAGCGUCACCUCCUGCGUCUUGGUCAUGGAGAAGAAGAGCUGGAGACGGAGAAAGAUUUCAGCAGGUAUGGAAGAGUUAAUUAUGUCCUAGCUCGAAGAAUAGAACUUUUAGAAGAAGUCAAACGAUUGCAGAAGAGUCUAGGGGUUCCAGGAGAUGCUUCAUAUACUUGUGAAACUGCAGGCUAUUUCUUCUUAUAUCAGGUAAUGUCUCGUUGGGAAGAGUAUAUCAGCAAAGUGAAAAAUAAAGGUAACACGUUGCCAGAUGUCACUGAAGUCUCCACUUUCUUCCCUUUUCAUGAGUACUUUGCAAAUGCCCCUCAACCCAUUUUUAAAGGCCGGUCUUAUGAAGAAGACAUGGAAAUUGCUGAAGGAUGUUUCAGGCAUAUUAAGAAAAUCUUUACUCAGCUUGAGGAGUUUAGAGCCUCCGAACUGCUUCGAAGUGGACUAGACAGAUCUAAAUACCUUUUGGUGAAAGAAGCCAAAAUCAUUGCUAUGACCUGUACUCAUGCUGCCUUAAAACGACAUGAUUUAGUCAAGUUAGGCUUCAAGUAUGACAACAUUUUAAUGGAAGAGGCUGCUCAGAUUCUGGAGAUAGAAACUUUUAUACCUCUUCUUCUACAGAAUCCUCAGGAUGGUUUUAGCCGACUAAAACGUUGGAUUAUGAUUGGUGAUCAUCACCAGUUACCUCCAGUCAUUAAGAACAUGGCCUUUCAGAAGUAUUCAAACAUGGAGCAAUCUCUCUUCACUCGCUUUGUCAGAGUUGGAGUUCCUACUGUGGACCUCGAUGCCCAAGGGAGGGCCAGAGCAAGCUUGUGCAACCUCUACAACUGGCGAUACAAGAAUCUAGGAAACUUACCCCACGUGCAGCUCUUGCCGGAGUUUAGUACAGCAAAUGCUGGCUUGCUUUAUGACUUCCAGCUCAUUAAUGUUGAAGAUUUUCAGGGAGUUGGAGAAUCUGAGCCUAAUCCUUACUUUUAUCAGAAUCUUGGAGAGGCAGAAUAUGUAGUGGCACUUUUUAUGUACAUGUGCUUACUUGGUUACCCUGCUGACAAGAUUAGCAUUCUAACAACAUAUAAUGGACAAAAACAUCUUAUUCGUGACAUCAUCAAUAGACGAUGCGGGAGCAAUCCAUUGAUAGGAAGACCAAAUAAGGUGACAACCGUUGACAGAUUUCAAGGUCAACAGAAUGAUUAUAUUCUUCUUUCUCUAGUACGAACCAGGGCAGUGGGCCAUCUGAGGGAUGUCCGUCGCUUAGUGGUGGCCAUGUCUAGAGCCAGACUUGGACUUUAUAUCUUCGCCAGAGUAUCCCUCUUCCAAAACUGUUUUGAACUAACUCCAGCUUUCAGCCAGCUCACAGCCCGCCCACUUCAUUUGCAUAUAAUUCCAACAGAACCUUUCCCAACCAGUAGGAAGAAUGGAGAGAGACCAUCUCAUGAAGUACAGAUAAUAAAGAAUAUGCCCCAGAUGGCAAACUUUGUAUACAACAUGUAUAUGCAUUUGAUACAGACCACACAUCAUUAUCAUCAGACUUUAUUACAGCUACCACCUGCUAUGGUAGAAGAAGGUGAAGAAGUUCAAAGUCAGGAAACAGAAUUGGAAACAGAAGAAGAGGCCACGCCUGCUCAAGCUGACAUUGUACCUAGUCUAACAGAUGCCAGCUCCAGUCAAGAAACCUCAGCCUCUCAGACUGAGACCAUCCCCAAUCACACAGGAGCCAGUUCCAGUUCAGAGGCCAUCCCUACUGAAUCCGAGAUCACUGCUACUGUGGCAGAACCUGUAGCUGUACCAGCGGAGAAUAACACCCCUCAAGAUGCCACAUCCGCCCCCAGAGAAACCAAGUAGCCAAACCGUAGCCCUUCUUAGGGAGGACAUUUCAUUUAUAAAGUCUAGUUCUCUUGAUAGAUAACCAGCCAUAAGGAGACCUUAAGGUAAAAUGUGCUCCAGAUUUGAGAAGGCAUCUGUACUAGGACCUUGCUACUCAGGUAUGGUUUGCAAAUCAGCAACAUCAGUGUUGCAUUGAAAUUUGUAAGAAAUGCAGAAGUUUGGGCUCUACCCCACAUUUGUUAAAUCUCAAUCUGCAUUACAGCAAAGUCCCCAGGUGAUUCAUAUGCACUUUGUAGUUUUAGAAGCGCUGUACUGAGAUUACUGUGCUGUCCUCACAUGAAUGAGAGGUAGAAUGGUGAUCCUAUGAUGGUAGAGUUUACAGUGAGUAUGACUGUUUUCUGACAAUGGACCUUUGCUUAUAAGUCCCUGGGCAUGGUGACCAGAGAAGAGAUGAAUAUGUGUAUGUGGGGAGGGUGAACUUGCCCACUAGUUCUCUUCCCCAUUCCCACAUCUGCUAGAGUGGCUAAGGGGAGCAUUUCCCCAAAUCUAGUGCAUCUACCUUUAGGCUUGACCGUGUCCAACGAACUUUUGAAGAAUUAAGCAAGAAUUGCACACUGCCAAUGACAAGACCAGUGCUUCUCAUCUUGAUAUUUUGAAGCAAUGAUGAAUUCAUAAGGAAAUUAAACCCAGAAAGUCAAGUCAGUGAUAUUUUUGAGUGACUAAUGUUUGCUUAAGUUUACCAGUCUGUGGUGGGUAUAAUUUAGACUCCUGUCUUACAGUGCUCCUUGCAGCAUCAACAAUUGUGUUGGGUGGGGAAGGGGAAGAUGAAAGUGAUGGGAUAAUAAGGGGAGUGAAAUGCCAAGGAAACGAACGUAGGAAACCUAGGUCUGUUUGUUAUCAGAGUUAGGAUGGAGCCAAAUGGUCUGCUACAUAAUUUCUCUGAGUAUAAGAAUUUGAAAGCAGGUGUUAUGGGCAUGUGUAUGAGGACUUGCACUCAGAAUUAUUUUCAUUUGUGAAUAUAUAGUAUCAGGCUAAGCAAGAGGGAAAGAAGCUUUACCAUAUUACUGUCUUUCCUGGAAAAGACUGAUUUUUUCCCUCUACCCUUUAGAGGAAAUGAAUCAUGAUACCUGCAACCAAAGUAAGCAAAACUGCUGUGCUGCUUUCUCUUUAAAUAAACCAUUUUCCUAACACUGUAUAUCACUCUGUCUAGCUGGGUGACUGAACUUUUUUCUCUGCUGCUUGAUUUUCUAUCACACUAAAAAGAAAAUUGUAACUGGAAGAUGAAUAAUUCCUUUGCCUUUGUCAGAUUAAGAAAGGGAUGAUGAAAGUGGGACCUGCAUUAUUUUAAAUUGUUUAUUCACUGGAAAGGCCAGUGAACUGCAGUUGACUAUAGAACUGUGGAAUUUUUAAAGGAACUUAAGAGAUCUUUUCUAAUCUUAAAUAAUGAGGAAACUGAAUCAGAUGGUCUUAACCAGGGUGGCAACUGUGGGAGACUGGAGUAGAAUCCAAUCUAUAGUCCAGGACAGUUUUGUGCCUUUUUUUUUUUUUUUUUAAAUCAACCACACAUGAGUAAUUGCUUCAUAAAUUCAAAAUUUUUCUAUUUAAUUUGGGAUUACUACAGACACAGUUAUUCUAGCCAGGUGACCAUUUCAGAUUAGUGUUCCCAUUGCUCUCCAUCCUGUUUUUCAUAUCUGAAUAUGUCAUGAUUUUGGAGUUUAUUUUUAAAAGCAAACCAAAAAGACACAUGCCAAGAGAAAGAGCAUGAAAUGAAGCAAUUCAAGUAUUUAGACUUUUUUUCACAAAAUGCUGAGUUAAGAAAGUACAUUACCAGCAGUUGAGAAUAAAUAGCUCUAUUGAUUUGGGCAAAUGAAUGAGAAGAUCUAAAUAUUAUCAGGUCUCUUGAAGUUAGUGCGAUGAUAAAAGUUGAUAUUUUGCUAGAUACUGAGAGAAAUGGUAUAAAUGGGCCAUUUGUGCUCCUAUAAAAAAUGAAGUUUUUAUGAUCAGGGGACAACAUGAUAUUGUAAAACAGACUUUGGACUCAUCCAGACCUGACUCAAAUUUUACGUAAUUUGCUCAUCAGCAUUUGGUUUGACCUUGACAAGUGUUAUAACCUCUCUAAGUCCCAGUUUUAUCUACAAAAUGGGGGAAAGAUCUGUUUGUUUGUUAAUGGGGUAAUGUUUAUGAAAACAUCUGGCACCUGGGUGCUCGGUAAAUACCAGUCCCACCCUCUCCAUUUUCCCCCAAAUCUUUGAGACAGUGUGGGAUAUUGCCAGCCAGUCCUCUGACUUGAGUGCGUAGCUAUGCCCCUAUCCAGGGAGCAUGGAGGAGGAUUAAGAAGGGAACACAUGGUGGCAGUUGACUUUUGAAGAUCAAGGGUCAAAUUUACUGAUUGGAAACCUCGAAAUCAGCCCAUGGCAGCAUUGAGGAUGGUCUCUGCUGAAAUUAAAAUUUCUAGCAGAACAGCCUACCCAGAUGGAGAUAGUAGGUACCAUUGUGCUUGGGAUAUAUUGAUAACAUCAAUUCCGUAUCCUGUACUCCCCCACCCCAAGAUCAUCUAUAUUAUUGCACUUACCUAGCUUGAAUGUGCUUUUUCCUUUUUAUCUUGCAGUCACUCACAUGGUAUUUUAGAGAUGUUUCUUCAAUUAAAAUAAGAUAAAAAAGAUUUUUUAAAAAACGCUGACCCUUUUGCAUGCACCAGAAGAGCAGUUAAAAACAAGCAGUGCCUUGCUUCCUGUGGAAAAUGCUUGGCAGUUAGCCUUUGUAAUUAUGAAGCAAUCAUGUUAAUAGAUGUUUAAGAAUAAUACAACUGGAGCUGUACCGAGCCAAGGAUGGAAAUGAGCACAUGAGACCAUUUUUUCUUUAUCCAUUGCUGUUCUUCAGUGCCCGAGAAGGGGUUUUAAUUCAGCAGUAGCCAGAAGCUUUGGACACUUUUUUUCUUCAUAGGGACAAUCCUGAGCUCAGUCCCCUGGAACAUGACUCAGAAUGCAGCACAGUUACAGCUGACUGCCAGCUUUAUUGCCAGCUCUACCUUUUGGCUUACACUUACUUCGUUAGCUACUUAAACUUUUGCACUUACGUAUAAAAGAUGCCUAAUCCCAGUAUUUCUCAACAUAUGUUACAAAACCACCUGUCUUCAAAAAUACUUUGAAAAACAUGUUCCAUGGUCAAAUAAGUUUGAGGAACACAAUUAAUUAUCAUUCCCCAUUUGCAGAAUAACAAUGCAUUGUUAGCUAAUUAAAGGUUCUUUCCUGCAGGAAAAAAUCAUGUUAACUUUGUUUAAUCUAGCAUUUGAUUAUCCCAAGCUUAUUUGACCAUAGAACUCUUUCUUUCUUUUUCUUUUUCUUUUUUUUAAAAAUAAGACAUUCUAGAGAACUAGUUCCUCAGAACAGUUUGGGAGCCAAUAUUUUUACAUUAGUAAAUGAACUUUGAUUCCCCCUUAGAAAAUUAAGGGGAUAAGAAUAUACCAGCCCCAAUAUGCUACUUUGUCAUAAGGAUUAUUUUGAGCUGAAGGCAGUUGAGAAACAGCAGAUACAGGAAGUAUUCUCUAUCCUUGUGCUUCUGCCUAAAAGCAGGGCAUAAAUUUCCCUUCGUAAAGAUGACAUAAAUUUCCAUUUGUAAAGGUGUCCCCUCUCUCCUGUACCAGGAAGAAGACACCAACCCUUAUCACCGGACACAGAGAUGAUGCUAUGAAAUGAGUCUGCAUAAACAAACCUUACUAAAAUGACCCUUAUCUUCCAUUAAUUUCCCCGAGUAUUUACUUUCCCACAAUUUACCACCCCUAAAAGCCCAAACUCCCCCCCUUUUUUUUUUGCCUAUUUACUUCUCCAUAAUUUAUUGUCCUUUGUUAAAAUGGUAUAUAAGCUUCAAAGCCUAACAGCUUCUGGGGGGAAUUUUUACUUUUCUGUGUAGGCCCCUGGAAGUAAAGUUAAAAACAUCAAUUAAAUUUGCAUGCUGUUUCUCCUAUUAAUUUGUCUUUUGACAGUUUAAUUCACAGACCCCAGGUACAGACCUAAGAAGGUAAAGUCUUCCCUCCCCUACAAAAAUAAGACUUUAAUACAUCGUUUUUCCGUAAGUAACCAGAGGCUAAAGUAACACAGCUGAAGAAGAAUGUAGAGGUGAAGUGAUUUGGACAGAAUGUCAUAUUAUAGUGUAAUUUGUUGAGUGUCACAUGGUAUUAAUAGCAACAUCCUGAAAAUACAAAUGAAUACAAGUUUGAUCAAUGUACCAUGACAUUUGUUCGUGUGAGCCUUCUAAGAAAAGGUCACUGAGCAUUCUCUUUACAUUUUAAUUUUAGAGUCCAGGAUUUCACACUAACCUUUUCUCAUUUCUUACUGUGCAGUAAAAGAACAGUCCGUAUUUCCAGCGUGUCUUGUUUUCUCAGUUCUCUAAAUGUUUGUUUGUUUUCUUUAAAAGUCUGUUUCAAAAAGGGAAAAGAUUUAGUAUGGUAAAUAGGGGUGAACAAGAAAUAAUAGAAGAAAAUUUAGGCAAAUAUGAAGAAAAUUUCCUUAAAGAAGAAUGUAAGAUAAAGGACCCCAAAAGUUACCUUGCAUAGGACAUGCUGAAUUCUCUCUUGGUUGAUCUCCAGAGAUAAUGGUCCCCACCAUCCUCUUUUUCUCUGUCUUUGACUUACAUUGUACAUUUACCCAACACUCUUCUUGCAGCAAAUCUAAGUGCAAGAACCUCAAUGGUAGCUGCUUCUCCUUGGGAGAUACCUUGUUUAAUAUAAAUGGCUCUUUUGAGAAACUGAUUUUAUUGACCUUUUUAAAAAAGUCAAGAGUUCUUGAUAGGAAGUGGUCAUAUAAAAUAUCUUUUUCUACUCUCAUUCAUUGGUUCAUUUUGAGGGGAGUUUUCUUCUGGUUUUUAGUUCAGUUAUUUACAAUAAAUGUGGUUACUGUAUUAUGGUAUUUUCAUUACCCCUUUUCUUCUAGUAGCACUUUCCAGUGCUGAUUUCUUCUAAUCCCAGACUUCCCGAAGAAUAGUAGCGGAACAAGAAUAGAGCUAGUUAAUUUGCAUUUUAUUUUGCUGGUUGACUACUUUUCACAGAAGUGAAUUGAAUUAAAAAUAGUAAAAAGUUGGAAGAUGUCUUUGAAACUACCUAAUUCUUGUGCAUUCAUAGACUGAGUACCUACUGUAUGUCAGGCAACAAUGCCAUAGUUCAUAGGUGAGAACACUGAGGCAUUGGGUGGUUUGCCUAGGAGACUAUGGUUAGUUGAACUGGGACCAGAACCACCAUCUGACAUUCAGGCAAAUCCCUUACCUUGCUGUUCUUUAAACUUAUUUGCUUGAAACAAAUCAAAGUAGAAGGAGCCACACUUAAUAUUUCACAGAUGAGCAAGGCAAGCCUACUAAAGAAUUCCUCUCAGGCUUAGAAUACCAGAGAGGAGACCAGGUUGCCAAAAUCAGGAUAGAAAAUAAGAGGUCUAUGAAAAAAUAUGCUUUAAUGUUACAGUGUUUAUACUUACAGGUGAAAGCCAAAUUAAUACUUGUUUUGGAUUGAAAAAGGUAUGAGAAACAUAUAAUGGGGAGAGGCUAUAGUAAGUAGUAUUUAAGUGCCAAAAUGCUAAUUAUCCUAAAGCUGUUUUAGUUUUAGGCCAAGUCAGAACAGGUUAAAUAACAACAGUUUUAAAAGAAUGUAAUAUAUGAUAAGGGAAAAGUUAGAAUUUACCAAGACCUGCACUUUAAAUUACCAUUAUAGGCAAACCUCAGAGAUAUUGUGGGUUCAUUCCAGACCACUGCAAUAAAUUGAAUAUCACAAUAAAGAGAGUCACACUAAUUUUUUCAGUUUCCCGGUGCAUAUAAAAGUUAUUUUUAUACUAUACUGUAGCCUGUUAAGUAUGCUAAAUAGUAUUAUGUCUAAGAAAGCAUACAUACCUUAAUUUUAAAAUACUUCAUUGCAAAAAAAAAAAUGCUAACCGUCAUCUGAGCCUUCAGCGAGUCAUAAUCUUCUUGCAGUAGUAACACACAGGAUCACUGCUCACA